ACCGGCAGCCAAUCAGAGACGAGCACCAGCGGAACGGACCAAUAGGAAGACAGGGCGAGCUAGGUAUAUAAGGCCGAGCGAUGGGACUCGAGGCGGCCAGAAGAGAAAGACAGCCAUCCAAGAAACAUCAAAGAGAAAAAGUAUUAUUAUUAUUAGUGAUGUUUAUUAUUGUGGUGGUGGUGAUGGUGGUGGUCGGGGUCAACUCUACGCCCUCUCUUGACCCUGACUUGCUGAGUGAGAUUGAAAACAGGAACGCGAGGGACUGGGAGGCGCUGUGGACCGAGGAACACUUGGCCCUGUGUCGCCUUCGUCUGCGUCACAAUCUGGACUCUAUCUGUGGCAAGGAUGUCUUCAGGAGGUCCGCCCCGCCCCACCCCCCUGCCCCGCCCCCUGACCUGCCGCCCUACGAUGGAGACGGCAAAAGGAAGAACGUCGAGGAAGAAGAGGAGGAGGAAGCCAGGAGGAGGGGGGGGAGGAGGGGACCCCCCCUCCUAAGCGUCCACCAAGCCAACCUGUUCGUGACAACCUGGAUUCGAGGCGGCGAUGGAAGGCACCCCCGUCACCCCCGCCACGCCCCCUCCAUCACCUCAGAAUGCUGUACUGAAAUGGGGUGCACGUGGGAGGAAUACGCUGAAUACUGUCCGUCUUCCAGCAGAUUACGGCCCGGGGUGAAGCUUAUUUGA